AUGUUUAGUCAAGCUAAGGAUGAACGAUUACAAUUCAUAUGUAGAGAACAGAAUAGAUUCAGAAAAGGAGAUCAAGAUGAAGAUGAAUCACUCAGUGAUGAAGCAGAACUGCACCCAGAAGAUGAUGAUGAUGAACCUGAAGUAAUCGAUGAAAUUAAGGAUUAUCUUCGUGCAUGUUAUCUCUCUGCAUGCAAUAGAAUCGAAGGCAUUCUGGCAAAAAAAAUCUGGCAAAAUUAUCAUGAACAGUUAUCAGCUGAUUAUAUAAUUAAAGAAAAUGAUAUACAACAAGGAAUAAAUAAAACUUUAAAAUGGAUUACAACAUUUUUAGAAGAAAAUAAUAUUAGAAUAUUGCAGAUUGGCCUACCUUGA